UGCAGUGGUUUUUUUUACAUGCCCCGCCUACUACCACCAGUAGUAGCUAGUCUAGUAGUAGUACUACUACUGUCGUUAAACUAGGAUAUCUUCGUCAUUUCGUAUACAUACACUUAAUUAUACACACGAUUACUGCCGACUGUAGAUUUACAAACUAACCUACGUUUUCAUAAUAGCACAGGACGAAUGCGAGUGAGCAUUUCGAGGACUCUCUCCAAGAUGGCGCACUCCAUAGCUAGCGGUGCGAAACCGUGCAAGGUUGGAGACAAAAUUCAAGACAUCUACACUCCAGCUUUAGUCGUUGACUUGGACGGACUCUACAAAAACCUCGAACUGAUGAAAACUAGCAUGCAAAAGUUUGGACGUGUGAACUUAAGGCCACACGGUAAAGCACACAAAUGCCCAGAAAUCGCGAAAUUGCAGGUUGCACAUGGAGCAGUGGGAAUCUGCUGUCAGACACUGACAGAGGCUGAGAGUAUGGUAGCUGGCGGAAUAAAAAACAUUUUGGUUUCCAAUCAGGUAAUAGGGUUGCCGAAGCUGCUAAGACUCGCGGCCCUGGCGAGAGAUGCCGACAUUUCCGUGUGCGUUGACGACGAGGACAACCUAAGGACUGUGUCUCAAGCCGCUGAGAACUGCGACGUAAAGCUUGGAGUCGUCGUCGAAGUAAAUGUUGGACAGGACAGAUGUGGAGUGGAACCAGGAAAGGCAGCAGUAAGCCUGGCCCAAGUUGCUCAGAAGUUGUCUGGCGUGGAAUUUCGAGGAAUACAGUGUUAUAACGGACUGAAUCAACACAUCCGUGAAGCCGGGGACAGAAAAAAUGCUGUGGCUCUUGUUGUAACAAAGACUGAAGACACACUGAAGCAUUUUAAAGCAGGUGGGAUCGAGUGCCCGCUCGUGACUGGAGGUGGAACCGGUACCUACACCUAUGAAGCUGCAAGCAGCAUUUUCAAUGAAGUACAGCCUGGAUCGUAUGUGUUCAUGGAUGCAGACUAUGGCAGGGACCACGGUUCACCCGUGCACGACUACCUACACACCCUGUUCGUUCUGUCAACCGUACAGAGUGUCACCAGUGGGAAGAGAGUUGUUGUGGAUGCAGGCAUGAAGGCAGUAAGCUUGGACUCCGGCGAACCACUAGUGAAGAGUUGCCCUGACGUGACGUACACGUGUGGGGGAGAUGAACACGGAAUACUGCAUCCACCGGGGAACUGGAAGAUAGAGAAGGAAGUUGAUACUGUUUGGCCUUUAGGGGAUAGGAGGGGAGUUGCAGGUGGGAGACUUGGUGUGGCUCGUGCCGGGACACUGCGACCCCACCGUCAACCUCUACGAUUGGCUGGUCGGUGUCCGUGGCGACAGCGUCGAAGCCGUGUGGCCAAUCACGGGACGCGGACCUGGCAUUUGAAGUUCUCCGAGAGUGCGAGCGAUCGAAGUGUGAAAUACGACAAGUAGACGUCGCAUAGAAUUCAUUAUAAGUCACAAUCAGUAAGGUGCAUAAAAGUCAGUGAUUUUACCGAUAUAUGGUGUCUGCAUGCGGAUGGGAUGGUAAUUUAAUGCCCUUUCGUAGUCAAUACAUGAUGAGCAUUUUACAUUUAAGAAGAAGAAGAUUGUAAGUUGAGUGCCCUGGCAUGCCAACCCAAUCAGUAGAAGCUGUGAUUAUAUAAUGACAUUAUAUAAAGACUACCUAGAUUAGCGGUUGUGUGAAUUUUUAUACAGCUACUUUUAGUGUGUAUAGAUAUUAUUCCAAAGAUAGUGGUAAGUUAGUGUUGAUAUUUCGCAUUAAACCCGACUAUAUACUCACUGUACGGAUGAGUAAUGCAAUAAAUCAUCAGGUCUUGUAUAAAAAAUUA